AGAGCGCAGGCGCGAAGCGGCCUGGGAGGCAGCGCUUAAUGGACAACUGGGAGACAAACGGCGGAAGUCCCGCCCCCCAGAGGCAAAACUUCCGCCUCUAACUGUUCUAGGCUUAUGCUGGAGGAUUGGCUUGAGUGUCGCCGGGAUGGUGCUGCUGGAGAGCGAGCAGUUCCUGACCGAGCUGACCAGGCUGUUCCAGAAGUGCCGGACGUCGGGCAGCGUCUUCAUCACCCUGAAGAAAUAUGAUGGUCGAACUAGAUCCAUCCCAAAGAAGGGAACUGUGGAGGGUUUUGAGCCUUCAGAUAACAAAUGUCUCUUGAGAGCUACGGAUGGGAAAAAGAAGAUCAGCACUGUGGUGAGCUCCAAAGAAGUAAAUAAGUUUCAGAUGGCUUAUUCAAACCUGUUGAGAGCUAACAUGGAUGGGCUGAAGAAGAGAGACAAAAAGAACAAAAAUAAGAAGGCCAAAACAGCACAGUGAAGGGCACUGGAUUCUCUGCUUUUACCAGUUAACCAACAAAUUGUUAUUUUUCUUUUGGUUUUUACUGUUGGCUACAAAGCUAGGUUUUUGGUUUCCCUCCUGGCAGCUGUUUUCAUGUGAGAUCAGGGUCAUUUUGGAGAGAAAAAGGUUACAGUUUACAAGGUAGUUAUGGUCAGAAACUAGUUUAGUUUAGAUCUGUGCUGCAUGAUUGUGUAUUCCUGGAUUAGUUCGAAAUGCUUCUGUAAUCGUUUCCCUGAAGAACAAUGUCUUAUUAAAUAUUUGUUUCCCA